AUGCCCAAAACCAACAUGGCGGUUCGCUUGAAAGCACCCUUGGUGCUGAAGGCUGUGAAGAAAAUAGUGAUUGAAUUCUGUCCUUUCGAGCCCAAUGUCCGGUCCACGCGGGAGUUUCUGACCGCGGUGGGCUCCAUGAAGAUCCGAUCCACCAACCUGAACUGUGAGAUGACGACCAACGUCAAACACGACAAGUCCGAGCCCRUCGUCGAUGUAACUUACGUUGAUGGGGAGAGGCUGAUCAUGAAGGGAGCUCAUUUAACCUGCCAGGAGAUGAUGGAUGCCUUUCAGUCCCGCUGCAUAGACAAGGACCCCCAGGCGAAAGCUGCAGCGAAAUGAUCUGCUUCCUGYAUGAAUGUGUUUAUCUGUGUGUUUAAAAUGUCCAAUAAAAACAAUAUCCUUCAUUUUUA